CCAGCUGACCAGUUGUAUUGAGAAUCAACCUGCUAGGGGCACAAUGUUGUGUGUUGUGAUCCUCUUGGUUCUCUAUUUACCACCAUCGUUAGGUUUCACAGCAGAAGUGGUCAAGAAUUUGACAAAACUCAUAUUUGACACAAACGCUUACGACAGCAGCCUUAGACCGGCUUCAAACCAAAUGUAUCCGACGGACCUGAAAGUGUCGUUCGACCUAAUAAGCAUAAACAAGCUAGACGAGUUGGAGGAGAAACUCGUUACCACGACGUACCUGACCCUUCAAUGGAAGGACGAGUUCCUCACCUGGGACACCGCGGGAUUUCGGGUAAAAAAAAUUCCGUUGCCACAGAACGCAGUGUGGAAGCCGGACUUUGUCCUAAAGAAUGGUUUUACCGAGUUCAGAGAAUUAGGUGGCCCUUUUUAUUACGUUGUACUAGCAUUCGAUGGAACUAUUAUUUGGAAACCGUAUCAAGUGUUUGAGUCACAAUGUUCUAUUGACGUCACUUACUUUCCAUUUGAUAGGCAGAUGUGCAAUAUUCAGUACACUCUUUUGUCACAUUAUACAUACCAGGUUACUUUGAGUUCAUUAAGUGAAAAUGUGAGAAUGGGCAACUACAAAGCAAAUAAAGCUUGGGAAAUCACGUCAACUUCACAAAACAUCGACAAUUCUGGGUCCAAAAGUAUCAUAACAUAUACCCUGAAUUUGAAGCGAAAACCUGGUUUUUACGUCGAAAAUCUUGUCACACCGAUUCUGUUUCUAGGUGUAUUGAACAUUUUGGUUUUCAUCAUUCCAGCCGAUGCCGGAGAGAAGAUGUCCUACUGUAUCACUGUGGCUUUGGGAUUCAUUGUCUUCUUGACAAUCAUAAGCUUUGAACUACCGGCCAAUUCGGACAGCACGCCGUACCUUUCAAAAUACCUACAGAUUCAAAUAUUUAUGGGAGGAAUAACACUCGUCAUUUCUGCAAUACAACUGUGGCUUUGCCACAAAUCUGAGGAGCAGAAGGUCUACACACCUUUAAAAAUUCUAGUUAAAGUUGCAUUGUGCAAAACACUUAAAGUCAAAGUGUCUUGUGACGACAGAAUUCCCCAAGCCAAUGAACGGAACAAUAAGAAUCAGAACGCGGAAAAAUUUGAUGAUCCAAUUUCCUGGAACGAUGUUUCGUCUGCCAUUGAUUUUGCAAUGUUUUUGAUUUAUGUUUUCGUUUAUUUUAUAAGCACUAGUACCAUUAUGGCUUUUCUAAAGAAUUGGUAACAAAUAUACUUCGUUUCUGUCAUAAUCGUUUUUAGAUUUCUUGUAUUUUGAAUGUUUACAAUGCUUUUUGACGUCAUCAUUGUUAAAUUAAGACAUUAUCCAAAGGUUUUGUUCAUCAAAUCGAUCAUGUUUUCUUCUUAGUUUUUUUUUCUCAAAGUGGAAACAAAUUCUUUAUAAACAACUGAUUUAUUAACUGUAUGAUUCGGUUUCCUGGAAGUUAAUUUUGCGAUUUUUUGAUUUUGAUACUCGGCUGUAUAAGA